AUGCAGUUGUCUGUGCUUCUAACUGGGACUAAGUAUGGUUGUGGAGGGGGUGGAUGUGGGGCCUGCACGGUCAUGGUGUCCCGAUAUGACCAACUCCACAACAGAGUUCUCCACUACACUGUUAACGCCUGUCUGCAGCCCAUCUGCACACUGCAUGGGGCUGCUGUGGUAACAGUGGAGGGUAUUGGCAGCACCAAGACCAAACUGCAUCCGGUUCAGGAGCGUAUAGCCAAGGCCCAUGGCUCUCAGUGUGGUUUCUGUACUCCAGGCAUGGUGAUGUCCAUGUACACUUUACUGAGGAACAAACCACAUCCCACCAUGGAAGACAUCAGAGAGGCUCUAGGAGGAAACCUCUGCCGCUGUACUGGCUACAGGCCGAUCAUUGAUGGAUUCAAAACUUUCUGUGAUGCAUCAGAGAAUGGAGAGGGAUGUUGCCAGAAUGGCCAGAAUGGAGAAUCAGGGGGAAAGUGCUGUAUAGAGAAUGGAACUAAGCAACACAAGGAUAGUGGCAUCUCAGAGGAGCUGUUCCAUAUGGACGAUGUCCUACCGCUUGACCCAUCCCAGGACCUCAUUUUCCCUCCAGAACUCAUGAUUAUGGGAAAGAAACGUGCCUGUGGGAGUCUGCGUUUCCAAGGCGAUAGGCUGAAGUUGAUUUCUCCAGUAGAUCUGACCAAUCUGCUUGAGUUGAAAACAGAAUAUCCUGAAGCCCCUGUGGUGGUUGGCAACACAACUAUAGGACCAAAUAUGCAAGUGAAAGGAGUCCAUCAUCCUCUCAUCAUCUACGCCGGGAGAGUUUCAGAUUUACAUACUGUGACGUGGGGGAAGGAUGGUGUGAGUAUGGGGGCAGUCUGCACCCUGUCCAGUCUGAAGGAGGAGAUGGAGAGGGCUGUGAGGGAGAUGGAGGCAGAGAGAACCAGGGGGUACCAGGCCCUGCUACAGACCCUACGGUGUCUAGCAGGGAAACAGAUCCGCAACAUGGCUACCAUUGGAGGCAAUAUCCUCAGUGCCAACCCAAAGUAUGAUCUCAAUAGUGUUCUAGCUGCCUUGGACUGCACGCUGCAGGUCAUGUCUAAAGAAAAUGGGACAAGGGCGAUCACUCUGAAUGAAGAACUCUUCACUGGCUUUGGCAAGACGGCGCUUAGACCAGAUGAAGUCCUCCUGUCCAUUGACAUCCCCUACUCCAAACCAUGGGAGUUUGUGUCCGCCUUCCGUCAGGCCCAGAGGAGGGAGUUUGCCUUCUCCAUAGUCAACGCUGGGAUGAAGGUGGUCUUCAAGGAGGGCACUAACAUAGUGGAGUCGCUCAACAUCUACUACGGAGGAGUGGGACCCACACUGGUCAAGGUUGGACGCACAUGCCAGAAGCUUGUUGGACGGUCCUGGGGGGAGGAGCUUUUGGCUGAUGCCUGCUGUCUUUUGGAGGAGGAGGUGGAGCUAUCUGACUCUGCCCACGGAGGGAAGGUGGAGUAUCGCAAGACCCUUACGACAAGCUUCUUCUUCAAAUUCUACAUGCAGGUCCUCCAGGAGCUCAGAGAGAGGGAUGUGAACGUGUGUCUUCUACCCCUUGAGUACCUCAGUGCUCUCAAGCCUUUCAAAAACGAAGUGCCCCAGGGACAUCACUCUUUCCAGCUUGUGCCCAAUGCCCAGUCCUCCCAGGACCCUGUGGGCCAUCCCAUGAUGCACCAAGCAGCCUUCCAUCAGGCUACAGGAGAGGCCCAGUAUUACGAUGACAUACCACCUGUCCAGGGGGAACUCUUUGUCUUCAUGGUGACCAGCACCAGAGCUCACGCCAAGAUCAUCAACAUUGACCCAUCUGAAGCACUUGGCAUGACUGGGGUGGUCACGUUCCUAUCAGCUGGGGACGUCCCUGGUCAGAACCGACGGAUGUUGUUCGAUAACCCAGAGGAACUCUUUGCCGAGGAGGAGGUGUCUUGUGUGGGGCAGAUCAUUGGGGCUGUGGUAGCAGAGAGCAGAGAGCAGGCCAGGAGAGCAGCUCAAAGGGUAAAGGUCACCUACCAGGAUCUACUUCCUGUCUUCUUCACAAUAGAAGAGGCCAUCCAGCAUCAGUCCUUCUUUGACCCAAAGAGGCAGCUGGAGAGAGGAGACAUGGACAAAGCCUUUGAGACGGUGGAUCAGAUUCUGGAGGAUGAGAUCUACUUGGGAGGUCAGGAGCAUUUCUACAUGGAGACUCAGGGCCUUAUUGCAGUGCCCAAAGGAGAGAAUGGAGAACUGGAACUGUUUGUGGCCAGCCAGCAUUCAGCAUACACUCAGGAAGUGGUAGGAAUCACUCUGGGCAUCGACUCCAACAAGAUCACGUGUCACGUGAGGAGGUUGGGGGGAGCGUUCGGUGGCAAAGUCAUGAAGAUUGCCUCCCUCUCUGCUAUCACUGCCACAGCUGCAGUCAAGACAGGGCGAGCAGUACGCUGUGUUCUGGAACGUGGAGAUGACAUGCUGAUCACCAGUGGCAGACACCCCUUCCUAGGGAAAUACAAGGUGGGAUACAACAACGAUGGAACCAUCAUGGCAGCGGACAUCACCUACUACAGUAACGGGGGGUGUACCCUGAAUGAAUCAUUAGUCAUCAUGGAGAAAGCCCUGCUUCACAUGGACAAUGGCUACAGGAUCCCUAACCUGCGUGGGCGUGGCUUGGUGUGUAAGACCUACCUGCCCUCCUACACAGCGUUCCGAGGCUUCGGAGGACCCCAGGGACUCAUGGUGAUGGAGAGCGUGCUGCACGAGGUGGCUGUCAAAUGUGGCCUCCCUCCACAGAAGGUGAGGGAGAUCAACAUGUACCGGGAGGAGGAGUGCUAUACCCACCACAAGCAGCUCUUCUCCCCCCGCAACAUGCUCCGUUGCUGGGACGAGUGUCUAGACAAGGCUGGGUACCACGAUCGCCUCCAGGCCAUCCAGCAGUUCAACACCUCCAACCGCUGGAAGAAGAGGGGCAUCUCUGCUGUGCCUAUGAAGUUCGGCGUCGGCUUCUCCAAAGGCUUCUACAACCAGGGUGCAGCUCUGGUGAACAUCUACAAGGAUGGCUCGGUGUUGGUGGCACACGGAGGCACAGAGAUGGGUCAGGGAAUCAACACAAAAGCCCUCCAGAUUGCCAGUCGUAUCCUGAAGGUGCCCAUGUCCUCAAUCCACAUCAAGGAGACCUGUACGGGCAACGUUCCCAAUGCUUCACCCUCAGCAGCCUCCUUUGGCACGGACGCAGUGGGCAUGGCAAUCAAGGAUGCUUGUGAGAAACUGAUGGGACGCUUGAAGCCAGUCAUGGAAAAUCAUCCCAAAUAUACAUGGCAACAAUGGAUUUUUGAGGCUUAUUGCCAGAAGGUCAGCUUAUCUGCAACUGGCUUCUUCUUGGGACCUCACACGGGUGUGGACUGGGAGAACAGCGAGGGUCCAGCCUACUAUUACUUCACCUUUGGGGCCUGCUGCUCAGAAGUGGAGAUCGACUGUCUCACUGGAGAUCACAAAAAUCUCAGAACAGAUAUUGUGAUGGAUGUCGGGAGGAGCCUCAACCCAGCUCUAGAUAUAGGACAGAUCGAGGGAGGCUUCGUCCAGGGCAUAGGUCUGUACACCAUAGAGGAGCUGCAGUUCUCUCCUGAGGGGGUUCUGAUGACCAGGGGUCCGUCCCAGUACAAGAUUCCUGCCCUCUGUGACGUCCCUCCUCAGUUUAACGUCCACCUGCUAGCCAACGCAGAGAACCCACAUGCCAUCUACAGGUCCAAGGGUAUAGGCGAGCCGCCAGUGUUCUUGGCCAGCACCAUCUUCUUUGCCAUAAAGGAGGCAGUUGCUGCAGCCCGUAGAGAGAGGGGGUUAGGGGACAGCUUCCCUCUAAGCUCCCCUGCUACUGCUGAGAGGAUACGCAUGGCCUGUGAGGACCAGUUCACUGAGAUGGCUCCAUUUCCAAAGAAAGGAACAUUCAAACCAUGGAGUAUCAACAUAUGAGCCAACUGAAGAUGACUUGGCAGCCUCGUCAGACCUGGGCUUGGCUCCAACUAUUAAUCCUUCACCUUAUCGUAAUGUAUUGUUCGGUCUUGGUGGGCUGCUUGCAGAUUGUGUGCUUUCUGGAUGACUUGGAAAUGUGUCCAGAAUAUGUGCUUGACGCUGUUGCUUGAAAUUUCACUUUUGUCCCAGGACCUUGGGGUAAGAUAAAUACACCAUCUGGUGUUUGGUCGUGUAUGUUUUGGGCUGUUUGUUAAAACGUUAACAACCUGCAUCUGUGACCUACAGUCAGCCUACAGAACCCAGAUGAAUUAACCUAAAAUUAGAACUGAACUUUGAGCGUUGGUUUAAUUCUGUGCUGUAAAGCAUUCCGAUGUCUGACUGACUAAUAAAGGAUACAUUUUUGAAGCAUG